CAUAACUUCACAAUUUUCAAUGUAAAAGUUAUUAGUUUUAGAUGCUUAAACAAGAAAGAAGACUAGUUUCAUAUGUAGUAUAUAAAUUUGCAGUUUUCAUAGACAAGAAAGACUAUCAUUGAUUUUGAAGAUGUUCAAACAGGAAAAGCACUUUGUGUUGAUUCAUGGAGGCAUCCAUGGUGCAUGGUGUUGGUAUAAGGUUGCAACUGAUCUAAAAUCAGCUGGUCAUAAAGUCACAGCACUAGACAUGGCUGCUUGUGGUACCAAUCCAAAGCAGAUGCAAGAGGUUCAUUCAAUUUCUGAAUACCAUCAACCUUUGAUGACAUUUAUGGAGUCACUUCCUCUUGAGGAGAAAGUGGUUCUUGUUGGUCAUAGUCUUGGAGGGUUGUCUGUGUCUAUUGCUAUGGAAAACUACCCUCACAAAAUCUUUGUUGCAGUUUUCAUCACAGCCACUGUUGUCACUCAAAAUCUCACUUAUCCUGCUUUUCUUCAAGAGCGUAGGAGAAGAGUGGGCUCAAUUUUGGACAAACAAAAUUUCAUCGUUAACGGGCCAGACAAAGCUCCGAUCCUCUCGUCUAACGGACUUGAUUUGUUAGCAUCCAGAAUGUACCAAUUAUCACCAUCUCAAGAUUUGACACUUGCUUUAUCUCUAGUGAGACCUUUACCUCCCUUUUUGAGCGAUGCUGAUUUAUUGAUGAAACAAACAACUGUUACAAAUGAAAACAAUGGAAUGGUGCCUAAAAUCUUCAUCAUCUCUGAAAAUGACAAUUUGCAAACAAAGGAUUUUCAAGAGUGGAUAAUUGAGACAACAGGUCCAUAUGCUAAAGUGAAAAUGAUUGAGGGUUCAGAUCAUAUGGUCAUGCUCUCCAAUCCUACAAAACUUAGCUCUGAACUUCUAAACAUUUCUUACAAUUACUAACCUUUGAAUAAAUGUUUCAUUAAAGUUUAUGAUCAAGUUUGCAUUGAACAUGCUACUUAAAUUGUUUCUGUUUUCUUUCUUGUUUUUUAGUUUUAGUAACAUAUUUGAAAACCUUGCUUCAAGAUCAAGAUCCCUUUAUGGUUCUUGUGCUCAA